AUGUUUAGUAGCAUAAUCACCUUCCGAACCGAAGCUCAAAAAACUCGAAGAUUGAUCGCAAAACCUGGUAAAAAAACAAUUGAACCAAAACCAAUAGCCUACGAAGAAGAUAAUUUGGAUCUGGAAAAUACUGACCUAUUUCCGAUUAUCAAAGCUCAAUCUGUAUCACAAUCAACCGCCACCAAUUUACCUCCCGGAAUAACCCAAAAAUUUUAUGACUUAUAUACUCACAUUAACGAACGCACUCAACUCACAACCCCAUCUCACGAAAUGCCACGCCACACUCGUCUCAACAGUUUAAUAUACCACACGACAACUCGUGCAGAGGCUGAAUUGCUCCGUGAAAUCGUUGCUCAAUGGCGUCGAAAGCUAUUACCAAUAACUUUAGUAACCUCAAGACUUUUAAUAAAAAAAUUAUGUGAAAUCGAUGCUCAUCAUUUAGUAUUUGAUAUGUUAGCCGAUAGGUCAAAAUAUGCUUUAAAGCCAAAUGUUGAGAUGUUUAGAUGGAUCAUGUUGGCUUAUGCGAAUGAGGUGGUCAAACUUGUUGAAGAAACCACACGAAUUAUUAAAAGUGAAGAUAAAAGUGAAGAUAAAAGUGAAGAUAAAAGUGAAGAUAAAAGUGAUGCAGAAUUGGUAUUAGAUGACUUAUACAGAACUUUUGGUUUAAUGCCAUAUUAUGACAUACCACAAUUCGACGUGCAUCUUUAUACGAUCAUGUUAUCAGCAUCUAUAAAGUUAGAGUCAUGGCAAUUGGUUGAUGAAGUUGCCAGAGAACUUAUAGACUAUUUGGACGAAUAUCACAACCAAGAAAAAGAUAUAUUUAAAGAAUAUAGUGAUGAGGCGAGGAUGUCAUGGUCAACAUCGUGUUUAGAAGUAUUAAUGUUGUUAGAAAAGUGGUAUGGAGAAAAUAAGAAUUUAAUAUAUGCAGAAAAGUUUAAGAAUUUACAAGAACAAUGGAAUAAAGAAAUAAAGAAAAUACAAGAUUAA